AUGAUUGCAGAAAUCCCCGAAAGCAUCACUUGUGAAGAGUUGGACCUGGAUUCUCCUAUAAAGCACUUCGUCCCUCCAGCUGUCACUCUAUCAACAACAAUCACUUCAAACGCCAUGGCUGAAUCAGAAAAUCCUCCAACGCCUUCUGCGUCAGAUGAUGACUCAUACGAGGGCUCAGAUGUCUCUAAUGAACCACAAGAGCCACGAUUGACACCCGAUGAACCCAGGACUUUGUUUAUUGAUUUUUACACGUUCCUCACAACUUUGCAUUACGACAACACAUGUAUCGAAUAUGUCCACUACAAGUCUAAACUUCUUGAUCUUACUGCCUUCAAUCUUGACGAUUUUGAGAAGCACAAGAACUACCAUCAAGACUGGGAAUUUUGGUCAUCAGAGGGAGAGCAGACGGACCCCAGCGAUGUUGUCUGUAUCGCAGUGGGCCAUGAGAGCUUCAGUCGUGAGCUUUGGCUUAAUGCCAAAGACUGUGAGAUCUUUGAAGACUUCCAUGCUGGUGAUAUGCUUGAUGCCGUUCCAGUUGAAGACUUCUUCAGCAGCCUCAAGGAACAGUACCAAUCACUGAAACUCACUCCCGGAAAAAGCAGGAUUACAAUCGAGGCAGAAAAUGUGCCGGAGCAUGGGGGAGAAGUCAAGGAGCAAGAUGUGACUGACCAAAUAGAAGAAUGGGGAACUGAUCUGGAGGUCCAGUACGUGAGCCAGAUCUAUCAAGACCAUGGAUCGACUGGUUCUUUCGAUAUGUAG